UCUUCUUCCUCCUCUCGCUUUGCCUCUGCCCUCUGCCCUCUGCCUCUGCCUUGCCGAGGGGAAGAACCGGCCCGGAGGCACACGAGAGCUGCUCCCAAUUCCCACCGAUCCUGCUCCGCUCCUCGUCCCGGCCGGCCGGCGAGAAAUCCGCACUUCCGGUUCGGCGUCUCGAUCGAGGGGGAGAAGGGGAGCCACGGAAUUCGGCUGCGGAUUGGAUUGGAGCGCGGCGGCAACCUGUGCCAGCACGGCGAUGGAGAGGGAGUCGAGGAAGAACUACCAGACGCGAGGCUCGGCGCGCGGCGGCGGCGGCGGUGGGGCCGCUGGCGGUACGGCGGCGGAGCGCGACCUGCUGCUGCAGUGGGGAAACCGGAAGCGCCUGCGCUGCGUCAAGGUGCAGCGCCGCGACGUCGAGGCAGCAGCCACGGCGGCCGCCGAGAAGGCCGCCGUAGGACAGCGCCGCGCCGCCGCCGCCGCCGCCGCCGCUGCAGCCACGGCGGCCGCUCAGCACCACCCGCCCGGCCAUGCCCACCACCGCGCCCUCAGGAAUCCUGAGGAGUCUGGAAUAAUGAGGCCGCCAUCACAGCAGCAGCAGAACAACACGAUCCGCACGGUUACAUCCCCAGUCAGGGAGCGCUCUGCAAAGGGAAACAACGACAACAACGGGGUGCCUCCGACCUCUGGAGAUGACAAGAAGGGCUCGUCGUCCGGAAGUGAAGGGUCAAUUUGGCCCAACUUUGCAGUCUCCCUGACAAACAAAGAGAAGGAAGAAGAUUUCUUGGUGUUCAAGGGAUCCAAGUUGCCUCAAAGGCCCAAGAAGCGAGUGAAAGCCAUCCAGAGGACUGUCAAUUUUGUAUGCCCUGGAACAUGGCUAUGCGACCUGACUCUGGAAAGAUACGAAGUACGAGAGAAGAAGGUUUCUAAGAAGCGCCCCAGGGGAUUGAAAGCGAUGCACGACAUGGACAGCGAGUCGGAAGAGUAAUGAUACGAUCAUCGAGCCUGAGCAGCUGAGCAGCUAGAAAGAAGAAUACACACAAACACCGCCACAGAUCCAGUAGUCGAAGAUUGAAAAAUUAACCUCUCCCAGAUGGAAUGAUCAUUGGGGCUGAUCGCUUCUCGCGCCUGCUCUCGGAGAUCGGGGAAACUGCACAGGAAGAACACAGAGCGGCGGCAGGUUGUUUCCACGCCUGCCCUGUUAUUUACAGAGAGAGUUGUGUCUGCGCCCAAAGGCCCUGACCUCAUGUUGAAACCAUUUGAGAACAUCUCGUCUCGCUGUGUCGUCGUCAAAUGGGCGCCAAGUAGGGUGCUCCAGUACAGGUGGGCGUGUGGGUUUGCCCUCUGCUUGUGCUGGCAAGUGACAGUAAUAAUACUCAAGUUAGCAUGGAUUUACCAGGGUCUUCGGUAAUUUGUUUAUACCAGCUGCUGUAAACUCCCUCUGUUGUUCCAAUUUGGAGCAUCAGAUGAUGCCAUGCGUAGGCUUGUCAGGCGACACACUGCUGAUGGAUAUAUGAAUUUGUGGAUGCGGUGAUUUGGAAAA